CACGGCGCAGCCCAGUCUCAACUCAAGAGUUGGGAUAAGGUCAUAUCGGACUACUGCCUGCGUCUUCUAUCCAUUUCCCCUCUCUUUCGUCUCUCCCAGUCCCAACUCUUCUUCUUGCUGCUAAGUGCUAACACCCUCUUCCCGAUUCUCCAAAAUCUCGCCCUUCCCAUUUGAAUGAAACAGAAAUCCCUCCACUGAAAUCAGAGAUGCCAAUCACAGCUCCAACAUCUCUCGCCCAUGGCGGCUGCCGCUACUACCACCACAGCUCUCCCACUACCACGCCGUCGCUUCCCCUUGCUAAAUUCUCUUCCCUCUCUUUGAAGUGCAAUUUCCUCUCCAAAACCCCGCUAAUAUCCCACCCGGCGACGACCCAAUUCCAUCUCCCCAUCACCUCCACCAGGAACAGGAAAUUGGGCCUCUCCGUCGUAGCAAUGAGCUUCGACGCCGGCGUGGGCGUGAUGGGGACCAAGCUCGGAAUGAUGAGUUUCUUCGAGCCCGACGGCGUGGUGGUUCCGGUCACGGUGGUCGGGUUCCGAGAAGGCAACAUUGUGACCCAGAUUAAGACCGAUUCGACCGACGGGUAUGAUGCGGUUCAGGUGGGUUAUCGUAGGGUUAGGGAUAGGAAGCUGACGAAACCUGAGAUGGGUCAUUUGGAGAAGGCUGGGGUUAUACCCAUGAGGCAUUUGCAGGAGUUUAGGCUGCAGACUAUUGAUGGGUUUGAAGUUGGGCAGAAGUUGACUUUCGAGGAGCUCUUUAAGGAAGGGGAUUUCGUUGAUGUCUCUGGAAUCACCAUUGGCAAAGGGUUUCAAGGUGGUAUCAAGAGACACAACUUCAAGAGAGGACUGAUGACUCAUGGUUCCAAGAGUCACAGAGCUCUGGGGUCCAUUGGUGCUGGAACUACACCAGGUCGAGUGUACAAAGGGAAGAAGAUGCCUGGCAGGAUGGGAGGAACCAAGACCAAGAUCAGAAAGCUCAAGGUGGUCAAAGUUGACAGCGAUCUCGGGGUAGUGAUGAUCAAAGGUGCCCUGCCGGGUAAGCCUGGCAAUCUUCUGCGCUUCGCUCCUGCUAAGAUAGUUGGCAAGAACAUACCCAAGAACUAGCCAGCCAUCUCCCUCUCUCUCUGGUGUCACUCAACUGUAGUAGUCGCAAUUUUUGUAUCAUGUAAAAGUCAUCAUUGUGUUUUGACAUUGUUCAUCCUUGGACAGUUUUUAGCCUGAUGGUCGCUGCCUAUGUCGAGUAUUGUCCAUGGCUAAUGCAAAAUUGCAUAUGAUGCUGUAGUUCUGUUAUGUGCGUCCGCAAAUAGUUGAGUAAGAGGUAGCGGUGCGACGAUAUGGACAGUCGUCACACGGCAAGCAAAUGCAUAGUUUGGGAAACCGGCCUAAUUGCCUAAAACUUUCGGAUCUCCAGUAGGAUUGCUCUAAAACAUGAGCAUCUGCCUGGUAUAACAAAUGAUAUGAUGUAGUAUAUAGUAAGCAAAUAAUAAAAUUA